GCGCUAAGCUGGCCGCGGGGCCAGCGGGCGGGGGUUGGGUCGCUGCGCGGGGAGGCGGGCAACGGCCUGCGCGAGGCACCCCCGGGGACCUGAAGCGCGACAGAGUCGGCGCUCUCGGGACUCUGGCCUGCCGAGCUCUCGCUCGCUUCUGCGGAGGCUGCGUCGGGUUCUUGGCGAAGGGACAAGGCCCCGCGGCCUAAGUGGCCGAGUCGGAGAAACCCACGGGUACCCGCGGCGCUCGGAGCACAGACUGUUUUGCCAGCCAUGGCAUCUGGAGAUGACAGUCCUAUCUUUGAAGAUGACGAAAGCCCUCCUUAUAGCCUGGAAAAAAUGACAGAUCUCGUAGCCGUUUGGGAUGUUGCUUUAAGUGAUGGAGUUCAUAAGAUUGAAUUUGAACAUGGGACCACAUCAGGCAAAAGAGUGGUAUAUGUAGAUGGGAAGGAAGAGAUAAGAAAAGAAUGGAUGUUCAAAUUAGUGGGCAAAGAAACCUUCUGUGUUGGAGCUGCAAAGACAAAAGCAACCAUAAAUAUAGAUGCUGUCAGUGGUUUUGCUUAUGAAUAUACUCUGGAAAUUAAUGGGAAGAGUCUCAAGAAGUAUAUGGAGAGCAGAUCAAAAACCACCAACACUUGGGUACUGCAGUUGGAUAAUGAGGACUUUAGAGUUGUGUUGGAAAAAGACACUAUGGAUGUCUGGUGCAAUGGUAAAAAAAUGGAGACGGCAGGCGAGUUUGUAGAUGAUGGGACUGAAACUCACUUCAGUAUUGGGAACCAUGACUGUUACAUAAAAGCCGUCAGUAGUGGGAAGCGGAAAGAAGGGAUUAUUCAUACACUCAUUGUGGAUAAUAGAGAAAUCGCAGAAAUUCCUUAAUGACUUCACAUUAAUGAAUUUUAAUCUUAAGAAGUAAAGAUCAAGACUUUUAAAUUACUGUGGUAAUUAAAUAUGUCCAGUAUGUACUUUUCAGUACAUUUAGUUGCCAUGUUUUUAUUUUUUAAUUACUUGAAACUGUAGUGUUCCAAGGGUCAGGAAAAAAAAUUAUGUAUCAUAAGAAUUGCAGUUUAUUUUAUAAAUAAUGUAAAAUGUUCUAAAGUUAAAUGGAAAAUAAGUUGUGGACCAAAAUCACUAAUGUUUUACAAGAGCAACUUUUACUAUAAUAAAUACUAUAAAACACAA